UGCUGUUGUUAUGAUUCAGAGAGACAGCCUGUUGAGGAACUGGGUUGAAGCUGAUGCCUCACUACGGCUGAAGUUUUCUGUAAAUUACUCAAACUUAGUGCCUGAGAGAGUUAUGUUGUAAAAUAGCUAACUGGUGAUGAACACAGCAUGGGAAAGGCAGUCAGCUAAGUGGUGAGAAAAAAAAAAAACCCACAAAAAAACAGGGCUCUGAAAGUGAACAGGGCAGGCGAGCAGGUGGCAUACCAGGUGCUGUCUUGGUACUGAGUGGUGGGGUCAGACCAAGUAGUCAGGAAUGGAUUCAGACAGCUUAGCCGAGCAGGGUGAAUUCUAGCUGGAGCUGCAGUCUGAUGGUGACCCUGCAGGACUUGAACUCCCUCCAGGGCUGAGGGAUGUCCAGGCGGUCUAACGCCUUCCUGGUGUGAGCCACAGAAGUAGAAAGAACACCCAGCAAUUGCUUUGAAAUACCAGGAGCUGGCAGAUGAUGGACAGGAAACAGACAGCCGAGACCCUGCUGUCCUUGUCUCCUGCUGACGUCGCCAACCUCAAGGAAGGAGUCAAUUUUUGUCGAAAUAAGACUACUGGGAAAGAGUACAUUUUAUACAAGGAGAAGGACCACCUAAAGGCAUGCAAGAACCUCUGCAAGCACCAAGGUGGCCUGUUCAUGAGAGAUAUCGAGGAUUUAGAUGGAAGGUCCGUUAAAUGCACAAAGCACAACUGGAAGUUAGAUGUGAGCACCAUGAAGUAUACCAACCCUCCAGGGAGCUUCUGUCAAGACGAGCUUGUUGUGGAAAUGGAUGAGAACAAUGGGCUUUGCCUUGUAGAACUGAACCCUCCUAACCCCUGGGACUCUGACCCCAGGUCUCCUGAAGAAUUAGCUUUUGGGGAGGUACAGAUAACAUAUCUCACUCAUGCCUGCAUGGACCUCAAGUUGGGAGACAAGCGGAUGGCGUUUGACCCUUGGUUAAUUGGUCCUGCUUUUGCCAGAGGAUGGUGGUUGCUACACGAGCCUCCAUCGGACUGGCUGGAGAGACUGUGCAAAGCAGACCUCAUUUACAUCAGCCACAUGCACUCAGACCACCUGAGUUACCCUACCCUGAAGCAGCUUUCCCAGAGACGACCAGACAUCCCCAUUUAUGUUGGUGACACAGAAAGGCCUGUGUUUUGGAAUCUGAAUCAUAGCGGUGUCCAAUUAACUAACAUCAACGUGGUUCCAUUUGGAAUAUGGCAACAGGUAGACAAAAAUCUUCGGUUCAUGAUCUUGAUGGACGGCGUUCAUCCUGAGAUGGACACGUGCAUCAUCGUGGAGUACAAAGGUCAUAAAAUCCUCAACACAGUGGACUGCACCAGACCCAACGGGGGAAGGCUGCCUGAGAAAGUUGCUCUAAUGAUGAGUGAUUUCGCUGGAGGAGCAUCAGGCUUUCCCAUGACUUUCAGUGGUGGAAAAUUUACUGAGGAAUGGAAAGCCCAGUUCAUUAAGGCAGAAAGAAGAAAACUUCUGAACUACAAAGCUCAGCUGGUGAAGGAUCUGCAGCCUCGAAUCUACUGCCCAUUUGCUGGGUACUUUGUGGAAGCUCACCCAUCUGACAAGUAUAUUAAGGAAACAAACACCAAAAACGACCCAAAUCAACUCAACAACCUUAUCAAGAAAAACUCGAAUGUGGUGACAUGGACCCCUCGACCUGGAGCUACCCUUGACCUGGGCAGGAUGCUGAAGGACCCAACUGACAGCAAGGGCAUUGUGGAACCUCCGGAAGGAACCAAAAUUUACAAGGAUUCCUGGGACUUUGAGCCAUACCUGAAGACCUUGAAUUCUUCUGUCAGAGACUCAAUCUUCCUUCACUCAUCCUGGAUUAAAGAAUACUUCACUUGGGCUGGAUUUAAGAAUUACAACCUGGUAGUCAGGAUGAUUGAAACAGAUGAAGACUUCAGCCCUGUGCCUGGAGGGUACGACUAUCUGGUGGACUUUCUAGAUUUAUCCUUUCCGAAAGAAAGACCCAGCCGGGAGCAUCCUUAUGAAGAAAUCCGCAGCCGUGUGGAUGUCAUCAGGCACGUGGUGAAGAACGGCCUGCUGUGGGAUGACCUGUAUAUUGGAUUUCAGACCCGAUUGCAGCGGGACCCUGAUAUAUACCAUCAUCUGUUUUGGAAUCAUUUUCAGAUAAAACUCCCUCUAACACCACCUAACUGGAAGUUGUUCCUAAUGCGCUGUGGUUAGGCUGGACCUGGACAUCCCGGCUCACAAGAAGCUGGUGGAUGGAGAGGCUAUGGAUGAGCUUCCAUAAGCCCAUACCUGCCAUUCCCUUCGAAUGGAGCCUUUCCCCACUGGAGGAAGAGGGGAAGGCUCAUGAGAUACAGGAAGUUAAGAACUGAGUCAUCGCCAUGCCAGGUAGGACUUUCCAGUGAAGUGCUGCCUGUUAACCACCUGCGCUCCUGCAUGUAACUCUAAUAAACUCAUCAGUCUAUACAGUGAGACUCUGAUGAGACUACUUCUUGAGUUAGUCAUUGGUGUCCCAUCUGAGGUGAAGACAUUGGUGUGUAGCUUCCAGGAAAACCCACAUAAGAAGAAUGAAUCAGAGCACUGCUGUUAGUAGCUUCCUUAGAAUAACCCCAGGUUCUCACACGGCUGCCCAAGCCAAUGUUUCUGUAUUGUAAUCUCUGCUAUAUGAUUAUUAACUCUGCCUGUCUUAGUUAGGGUUUCUGUUGCUGUGAUGAAACACCAUUACCAAAAAGCAAGUUGGGAAGGAAAGAGUUAUUUGACUACACUUCCACUUCACAGUUGAUCAUUGAAAGAAGUCAGGACAGGAACUCAAACAGAGCAGGUACCUGGAGGCAGGAGCUGGUGCAGAAGCCAUGGAGGGAUGCUGCUUACUGGUUUGCUCCUCAAUGUUUGCUCAGCCUGCUUUCUUAUGGAACCCAGAGCCAUCAGCCCAGGGAUGGCACCACCCACAAUGGGCUUGGCCCUGCCACAUCAAUCACUAAUUAAGAAAAUGCCCUCACAGGUUUGCCCAGAGCCCAAUCUUAGAGAGGCAUUUUCUCAAUACAGGCUUUUUCCUCUAUGAUGAUUCUAGCUGGUGUCAAGCCAACAUAAAAUUAACAAGGACAGUGGCAUUUUGUUUCUUAAAUGUCUUGGUCUUACAUUGCUCCCUUGCCCAUGGCAGCAGCGGCAUUAGCAGAACGGACGUUCUUGUUUUUAGCUUCUUGCUCUUGCAACAAUAGCCAUGUCUUGAACACAUGGUGUUUCUCUUCAUCUCUUAUUGUGUAUUGCUCUAGAGCUCAAACAUUUCUCCUAAAGAUGAUUCUCCCAUCCCCCUUCCUCUAGUUUUCCUUGCAGAUAGAUGCUCAGCAGGGGCAUGGAGGUUGGAGAUAAAAGACUGAGAGUUCCAUGACCCAUUGGUUGGUAAAUCACUGUGUCUCUUCCAGAGCACAGAAAAUUCAUCCGCAGAUUGGAGGAGUAGGCUGGACCUCUCAGGGUUGUAAUGGAAUGCUUGGGAAAGGUCAGCUGCCUGUUAGUCACAUUAUCCGUCCUUAAUGGGAACAACAUAAAGUGAUCAUAAGAGUGCAGCAAACAGGACAAGUGUCCUUCCUAGUUGUAUUACAAGUUGUCCCUGUUAGUCACCAGCAUGCUCCUUGGAGCAUGGCUAAGAGUCCUUGAAGCAAUGAUGCUGUUACAUGCUGAUAAGGAAUAUAACUUCAGGAUGCACUUCCGUUAUUAGCAAAGAGAGGGCUAUUGGCAUGAUUUGAGAACAGCAAUGCCAGUUCCUCAACAAACAGGAGCUCCACUGCUCCUACAUUUCAGAGCCCUUGAGUUUCACCCUAGCUCCUAAAGGGGUCCUAAAGAUCACCUCUUCACCCUGCCUGCUUCCCAGUGUAGAACCUGUAUCUGGGGUUCAUCUUUACAAUGUCUUCUAUGCCUCCCCUUCUCGGGUGCACUGAUCUACUAGGUAUGAUGUGGGGGUGCACACACUGGUAAGAAUGGUGAGCAUGUGUCCAUUUUGUCCUUCUGACUGCCCCUUUCUCCAUUUCUUUGCUGAACUCCCACCCCCAGAAUGUGUCCUUGGAUGGCGCUGGCCCUUCUCCCUCCAGUCUUUGGUACCGACUGUAUCUUUAUCCAUCAGUCACAGUGAGUGCCCUAUGGAUAGCCACCAAAUGCCUAAUAUGCCAAAGAGAAAUGAUGUUGUGAUUUGGGUUCGGGUGAGAGGCAAAGAGCUGCCCUCUCCUUUGAGCCUGGAAGUGAGCAGGUGCUGCUGGAAGCCAUCUUUGUUCCCUGGAGAUGAAGCCAGCUCAAAGGGGAGAGAAUCUGACAAAUGGAAGAAAUGUUUCUGGUGACAGUGUUCUGGCACAUGUUCCAUCUCUGCUCCUAGACGGUCUGUGGAGAUGAGCGAGCCAGCUAAAGCCUGCUUCAUGCUCCAGCUGCUUAAAGUUUCUGCCACUUACAAUAAAAAUUAGUCCUUAUUAGAGCAACAAGAAGAUGUGUUACCCUCCCUGGAAGGAUUCCAGUUUAACGCUGCGUAGGUCUUUACCUCUAAAGAGAUGGAUUCAUGUGGUGGAAUUCAUGGAAGAAUGGUAUUGCUGUUCCAUUUAGAGUACAGCACUCUACAACCUCUCACUGUCGGCCCCUUGGUCAAUUGCAGGAUUCAGCAUAAACUCCCUUGGGUGUGUACAUCACAUGUCCAUAUGAACUGAACCAAAAACAGAUGUUCAAACCCCAUCUUCCCAUGAGUCCCUCAUCUGCUCCAUACUAAGACUGACCCAGAUCAAAGACUGUCCCCAUUGUCCCAAAGAAGCUCCUGGCUUGAUUCCAAGCCCAAGAAAGCCAGGCAGGCAAGCACCAUUCAGAGUGCUUCUCCCUACAGCUGCAGCCACAGGCCCUGCCAUUAGAAUUAAGAUCAUCACUAAAUGAGGAUCAGCGAGCUGGAAGCAUGUCCUAGAAAUGCCAUCUCUCAGCCCCACCCCCACUACAGCCCUCUCACCUACACUUCAGACAAGCACUGCACAUGGCAGCAAGAGUCUUUCCAUGUUUCUUUUCUUCUGUGAGUUAAAAUGGCUUUUCAGUCAUAAGAUGCUAAGUUUGGAGAACCUAAUGCAGAAUCUAAUGUAUACCUAGCAAGAGUAGAUAAAUAACAAUUUGUUAGGCAACUGUUCUUAAUGUUUUGUUCUUACCAGCCAAAAUAAAAGGGUAGAGGCUAUGCUAACUAACUUAAUCGAUGAGCUUUUCAUAACAUGCAUAUGCCAAGUCACAUUAUGCCCCAUGAGUUCAUAAAAAUGUACUUGUGCGUACACCUAACAAAACAAAGGAGGGCCUACAAUAGACGAAUUGUUGACCAUGCUUGGGUAAAUAAAUAAGCCAGCAGCCGCAGAGAUGUGUUUGCCAAAUGACCACAUCUUUGUAGACACACAUACACUAGUUACUGACCUCUUCACUAGGACAGAUCACCUGGCGGCAGCAACUUAUGGAGGGAAGGGUUGGUUUGGGCUGGUUUCAGGGGUGGCAAGGUUGGUAGUGGAGUGUAAAGUGACUGAUCACAUCGAGUCUGCAGCCCAGAAGCAGAGAGCUGAAUGCCAGCACUCCACUUGCCCCCUUCUGUGGUGGUUUGAAUAUGCUUGCCCAGGGAGUGGCAUUAUUAAGAAGUGUGGCCUUGUGGAAGUGGGUGUGACCUUGUUGGAGGAAGUGUGUCACUGUGGGGAUGGGCUUUGAGACCCUUUUUCUAGCUUCCUGGAAGUCAGUCUUCUCCUGUUUGCCUUCCAAACAAGAUGUAGAACUCUCAGCUCCUCCCAUACCUGCCUGCCUGCCUGGACACAGCUAUUCUUCCAGCCAUGAUGAUAAUGGACUGAACCUCUAAACCUGUAAGCCAGCCCCACCCAGUUAAACGUUGUCCUUUAUAAGGGUUGCCUUGGUUAUGGAGUCUCUUCACAGCAGUGGAAACCCUAAGACACCUUCUUUUUUUAAAAAAGGCUAAUAAUUUAUUAUUGUUAUUUUGUUAUUAUUAAGGUUAUUAUUAAGGUUUAUUUACAUGUAUGGAUGUCCCUACAUGUACGUAUUUGCUUCACAUGUGUUUCUAAGUGCCUCAGAGGUCAGAUAAAGCAUCAGGUUCCCUGGAACUGGAGUUAUAGAUGCUUGUUAGCUGUCUGACAGGGGUGCUAGAAACCAAUCCCAGUCCACUGCAAUAGUACCACAUGUUCUUGAUCAGGACAACAUUUCUCCAGUCUCUUGUCCUCUCCAUUUUUAAUUAGUGUGAGACUGCAGAGGAGGAAUCAGUGUCAUUGCCACCCACACUAGCUCUUUCCAUCUUACUCAAACCUUCCUAGAAGUGGCCCUUACUCUCACCCAGAAACUUGCUUUAUAGGUGAUUCUAAAUCCCAUCAGUUCACAGUGAGGAUUCACUAUUACAAUACAUAGAACAUGUGUAUGUGCUCAUAAAUACUAAAUAUAUAUAUAUAUAUUCAUAUAUAUUCAUUUGUGUAAAUUAAUACAAUCUAGGAAUAAACAUGAAGACUCUCUCCCAGCAGGAAAGGGAACCGGAAGGGUAAGGGAGGUAUUGAUGAUUCAGUCACAUACCAGACAAAACAAAGCCAUAAAAUGGGAACAGCAGCCAGGAGAGUAGGGCUCCUUACAGCCUCCUAGUGGAUGUGAUACAGUGAUGAUGAGGAAGAGACAACGAAUCAAAUCUCCACCAUCUGACAGCAGAUGCUGGCGAGGAUGCGGAGAAAGAGGAACACUCCUCCAUUGUUGGUGGGAUUGCAGACUGGUACAACCAUUCUGGAAAUCAGUCUGGAGGUUCCUCAGAAAAUUGGACAUUGAACUGCCUGAGGAUCCAGCUAUACCUCUUUUGGGCAUAUACCCAAAAGAUGCCCCAACAUAUAAAAAAGACACGUGCUCCACUAUGUUCAUCACAGCCUUAUUUAUAAUAGCCAGAAGCUGGAAAGAACCCAGAUGCCCUUCAACAGAGGAAUGGAUACAGAAAAUGUGGUACAUCUACACAAUGGAAUAUUACUCAGCUAUCAAAAACAAUGGCUUUAUGAAAUUCGUAGGCAAAUGGUUGGAACUGGAAAAUAUUAUCCUGAGUGAGCUAACCCAAUCACAGAAAGACAUACAUGGUAUGCACUCAUUGAUAAGUGGCUAUUAGCCCAAAUGCUUGAAUUACCCUAGAUGCCUAGAACAAAUGAAACUCAAGAUGGAUGAUCAAAAUGUGAAUGUUUCACGCCUUCUUUAAAAGGGGAACAAGAAUACCCUUGGCAGGGAAGAGAGAGGCAAAGAUUAAAACAGAGACUGAAGGAACACCCAUUCAGAGCCUGCCCCACAUGUGGCCCAUACAUAUACAGCCACCCAAUUAGACAAGAUGGAUGAAGC